AUGACUAGAAGCCAUGUGAGAACAGGAUCAAGCGAUAACACCAGAUCUGAUGCGGAGGUUUACCUGGAUGAACAGCUAGCUUUCAACAAGAAAAUCCAAGGAGAAAUGAGUGAGAUGCAAGCCGGUUUACAAGCUGAAAUAGCAAAAGGGAGAGCUGAAACAAAUCAAAGGAUUGAAGAUCUGAGUAAACUGGUGGGAGAGCUUGUGAGAGCUGUCAAUGGAGACCAUGGAAAAGCCCCCUACACUCAAGGUAAUUCCUCUGAAAACCCCUUACGGUUUUCUGAAAACAUACACAAUACACAACCCCAGAUGCGUGUUGAAAUAGGGAGUUUGAACAGCCCGGGUAGAGGAGGAGAAAAUAGGGCUGCCAGAGUAGAAUUUCCCAAGUUUGAUGGGGAAUUUCCUAGGACUUGGUUGAGAAGGUGCCAUAGGUACUUUACUCUAAACCCUAUGAGUGAACAAGACAAAGUGCAGUUUGCAUCUAUGCAUCUAGAAGGUAAAGUAGAAGACUGGUAUACUGAUUACAUUGAGCAGCUUGAAGGGCUGGGGUGGGAGAAUUUCACAAAUAUGGUACUGGAUAGGUUCUUAGAGGAAGAGGGAGUCAGCUUAACUGCUGAAUUUAACAGGCUGCGCCAAGAAACCACAGUGGAAGAAUACAGAUUGAAGUUUGAGCAUCUAAAAGCAUUUGUGAGUAAAAAGCACAGAACAUUCAAUGAAACCUAUUAUCUGGAGUGUUUUGUUGAAGGACUCAAAGAUAGCAUUAAGAAUGUGGUCAAAAUGAUGAGACCUAUGACUUUAUCUCAAGCAAUACAACAAGCCAAAUUGCAAGAAGGAAAUGCUGACCACAUCUCUGAAGAGAUCAAACACACUGUGAAAUCUGCUACUACACAGUUGAAACUCUACAAACCAGCUGCCCAGACCACCAGAGCUCAACAAGCUGAGAGAGGAGGGAUGAAUCAUAAGAAGCUGACUAGACCAGAGUUAGAAGAAAGAAGAAAAAGGGGACUAUGUUACAAUUGUGAUGAGAGAUACAUUCCUGGACAUAGGUGUAAGAAGCUAUUCCAUAUUGAGUGCAUACCAUCAUCAGAUGAUGAAGCUACUGCAGAAGAGGUAGAGGAAUUGGCAGAGGGAGUAGCAGAGGAGUGCAUGCAAAUUUCCUUCAAUGCUAUCACUGGCCAAGUCACGCAGACCACACUCAAGGUGCUAGGAAAACACAAGGGUCAACCUAUAACCAUCCUACUUGACACUGGAGCUUCACAUAGUUUUCUAGACCCUCAAACUGCAAUCAGAUUAAAGUGUGAUAGGGUGUGCAGUAAAAGAUCUAAAGUGAAAGUGGCUGGGAGGCUCCAAGUGGAGUGUGAUUCAUUCUGCCCAAACUUCCAGUGGGAAAUGGGAAAUUGCAAGUUUGAGAUCAGUGUGACUCUUUUGGAACUAGGAGGGUGUGAUCUGGUACUUGGGGUGGAUUUUAUGAAGAGAUUUGCACCACUUUCUUUUGAUCAUAAUGUACAAUCAAUUGCAUUCAAUUAUGAGGGAAGAGAGGUAGUACUCCAAGGGGUAAAUGGGGAGCCCGAAUUUCACAUGAUUGGUGAGGAAGAAUUGCAAAGCAUGCUGCACAAUAGAGAGAUUAACAUGGGGUGCUUAGUCAUGAUGCAGAAUCCAGAGUGUACAAGGGAAGGGACAGAAAUUCCAGAUGAAAUCAAAGAAGUGAUCAGUGAAUUUGCUGGAGUAUUUCAAGAACCUACUGAGCUGCCACCAGUAAGGAGAGCUGAACACUCAAUUCCCCUUAAAGAGAAUGCUCAGCCAUUCAAAUCCCAACCCUAUAGAUAUCCUUUCAUGCAGAGAAAAGAGGUGGAAGCCAUGGUGCAAGAAAUGCUACAAGCUGGGAUCAUACAGUCUAGCAACAGCCCAUUUGCAUCACCAGUACUGUUGGUCAAAAAGAAAGAUGGAUCAUGGAGAUUCUGUGUGGACUACAGAAAGUUAAACUCCAUGACCAUAAAGGAUGGAUAUCCCAUUCCUUUAAUUGAUGAUUUAUUAGAUGAAUUGGGGGGAGCUAGGUUGUUCUCAAAAAUUGACCUCAGAGCUGGCUACCACCAAAUUAGAAUGAGCAAAAGGGAUGUGGAGAAAACUGCCUUUGUAACUUCUGCUGGGCAUUAUGAGUUCUUGCCCUAA